AUGGGAGGCCAUGGAGAAUCCAUACAAAAGGUGAAUGUGACGACUCAUGUACAAAAUGUGAAUGUGACAACUCAUGUGGGCGGUUGUGGCAGCAGCAGCGCCAGCAGUGGAGGGGCAAUGCCUGGUUCCUUUAUAAAAUCCACUAAUCCAAGUAGUAAUGGUGGUAGUAGCAGCUCUGCUGAUAGCCGGGGAGGAGUAAAGGUGGGUUGUUUUACGAAAUAUUGGUAUUGUGUCCACAGCAGCAAUGGUAUGAAGAUUUGGCGGCAGGUGGGUGUGAAUGUAAUGGCGGACAAGCCUACUCAAAGGAGGAAGAGAAAGUAUAGAGGAGUGUAUGAGACUGAAGCCGAGGGUGCUGCAAGUCUGGAACGUCUAAGGAUCAAAAGAAGAGAAGCAGCAGCAUGGGUACUUGAAAAGAAACAGGUGACUUACUACUACAGAGUAAUGUUUGUUGUCUUAAUACUACAACUAUGAAAAACCUCUAAAUUCAGUGAUUGAAAUGAAUUAAAAAGCCUAAACAACCAAUUUUAAGGUGCUGUAGGCCACUCAAACAAAAAAGACUAAAAAAUUUAGUGGUUUCUUUAAGCUUCAGUGCUUCUUAUCAUGAAUCUAGGUCACAGAAUAAUCACCAAACCAUGCCUGGAUUCAAUAAUAAGAAUACGAAGAAAAAUUCUUAAAAUUCAGUGUUAAUCAUGUUCGAUCAGGCUCACAAAGCCCAACUUCUGGAACAGCUUCAGAGCCUCCGCGCCGAGAACGAAUUUCUGAAGAAAUUGCACAAUUUUCUGGAAGACAAUCAAAUGAUAGAUUUUCCUCCGAAGCCACUGAAGAGGACCAUGUCAGGACCUAUAUGAAGAAAAUGGUGUCUUUCUUUUGGAGCAGUAUGCAAUUGUAUCCUGCUAUUGUGUAUUCAUACACGCAUCCCCCAAAUUUUUUAAAUUACAGCACUUGUAGACAAACUUGGUCAUGGUCAUGGUCAAAGCACAGUUGCAAGGGAGGGUCAAUCUCUCUUUUCCUGAACAAGAUCAGUCCUGGACAAACCACCUGAAACUUCAGAUUCAGCAAUAUAUUUUGUCAUACCUAUAAAUAUGGUCACAAAAAGUUAUGAAGCCUUUGUUUCAACUUGUGGUAAGCAUAGGCAGAUCAAAGAGUCAUUAAACAUCAAUAAAUUAGACUAGAGGAUCACCUAGAAUAGCAAGGUGUGAGGUCUAAGUCCUCGGAUUCAGACACACUGAAAUACCUUAAUGCCAGACCACAAACAAAUAGAGCAUAGGUAAUGUUUGAGAGCAGAAGAACACACAGUUUCACAGAAACAUCAUUAGAACUAAGGUUUAAUUACUCCCACCAGGCUGCUGAAUUGAACAAAGUUUGCCAGUCACGAGCAAACUCACUCUUUAGUUG